AUGGUGUAUUCAGAGGAAUAUUUAAAAGAAAAACUAACCAAGGAGCUGGACGCCGCUCAUGUGGAAGUAGUGGACGAGAGUGACGGUUGCGGUGGCAAAUUCUCCGCUGUCAUUGUGUCUGAUAAGUUCAUCGGGAAACCCUUGCUCGCUAGACACAGAUUAGUUAAUUCAGUGCUCCAAGAAGAACUGAAAGUUAUCCACGCUUUCACUCAGAAGACCCUUACGGUAGACCAAUGGAAAUCACAAAACCAAUAG